AUGGAGGACGAUUUUGAUACUGGUGACCUAUUCAAGGACCCUGAGGGGUUCUACCCUGAGGAGAAACAGCCCACAUUCGCCGAACACCACAUGUUGUCAGGACAGACGGUGCGCGUGCGUCUUGUGGGCAGCCACCCACUUUACGGAAAUUUGCUAUGGAACGCCGGCCGAACAACUGCGCAUUAUAUUGAAGAGCAUGCGGACUCCCUCGUUCGCGGCAGGGAUGUCCUUGAGAUCGGCGCCGCGGCGGGCGUCCCUAGCAUUGUCAGCUCGAUCCUAGGGGCUCGCACCACGGUGAUGACUGAUUAUCCGGACGCGGACCUGGUGUCCAAUAUGCAACACAAUGCGGAUCUGUCGGUUGAUAUGAUUCCAUCCAAGUCGCAAUUGUUUGUUGAAGGCUACCAAUGGGGCAAACCUGUGGGACCGCUACAGGCACAUAUUCCUUCCACCCAGGAAGCCCCAGCAACCUUUGACGUCUUGAUCAUGGCAGACGUGGUUUACAGCUGGCGUGAACAUGGGAACCUUGUCAAGACCAUGCAGAUGACUCUUAAGAAAGAUCCCAAGGCUGUGGCUUUAGUCAUCUUCACUCCCUACCAGCCAUGGUUGUUGCCGCAGACUGAGAAGUUCUUUCCGCUGGCGGAGGCGGGUGGGUUCACAGUGACUAAGAUCUUCGAGAAGCUCAUGGAUGCGGUUUUGUUCGAGGAUGAUCCUGGUGAUGAAAGGCUUCGGCGGACAGUGUUUGGUUAUGAAUUACGCUGGGCACUGGACCAACUGGAGGACACCACUUGA